CUACGUGUGACUUUGAUUUGCCUGCCUGAUGAGAGCAAACUAGAGCGCUUCUCUUACCUUCAGUUUGCAUGGUUCGUUGUAACCAUGAGCAACGUCUUUGGUCAUAGUGUGCUGCGUCUAACAGUGCUCUGAAGUCUUCAGUUUGUUGGUUUCUGUUUGAAUUGUGUUGAAUUUUAGCUGCAGCACGUCAUUAUUUGCUCCUUCUGUGUUUAAUGAGCUUUGAGGAGUGAUUUGAGUUGGCGACAUUAUUCCUCAAAUCAAUUUUUUGCCUCCUUUGCAGUUUGGUUUUGAGCUUGCAUUGGUUUGCUAAUCCUUGCGUCAUCUCAUCUGAGGUUGUUGUGCUCGAGGAAUGUGCCUCCUCUCUGCGUGACUGGUAUGCUUGUACUGCUGCUGAAAAAUUCUUUUGACACCUGUGGUUGGCUGUCUCUCUUGAGCAGCAGCAGCAUCGUCAGUGGGGAAAAGCCGCCCCCCGAGCACGGCUGCGUGAAGGUGGACCACCGCCGAGCCGUGUCCUCAGCCAGCCUGUUCAGGGAGAUUUGCGAUGACUCUGAGGAUGAGGACGAUGAGGUGGGCUAUGCUGACCCCGUCCAAGAUGAUCUCUAUACCCGCAAGAUGGGUGUCAAACCCCAGCCUGCCGGCAACGUGUCGUACGACAAGUUCUUACCCAAAUUCUGGUCGCCUGAAGAAGACGUUCACAUACAGAAGAUCAAACUGGGCUCUCAGAGGAGACCCUGGUACAAGAAGAUGCAAGGCUUCAGCUAUAAGAAGUCGGGUUCUUCGUCAGAUGAUUCAGACUGUGACAUCAGUCCUUGGCUCUCCUCUGCCCCCUCUCCCUCUCACUCCCACACACACGAGGCCCCGGCUCACACCACCCUUGUUGUGGGGAAAAGUCCUCAUAUCCAACCACACACUCUCCCACAGCUCCCCAAGAUACAGUCCCCUCUGUUAAUGACUCCCCCUCUGGUGUUCGCCCCAGUGGACCCCACCUCAGGUCCCAAGCUGGUCAAAUGUGAGAGGUGGCCUCUCCUGGGGCGCCAUGACCCCCGGGAGCCCCCAGACCCUUUUGAUUAUGAGAGCAUUGUCCCUGACUUGGAGAAUGAUGACAUGUUUGCGAGGCGGACCCUGGCCUUCCAGUCCAACACGGACCUCGCUAUGAUGAAGUCGCAACUGUCCACCAACCGCCGUCGCUACACAUCUGAGCCGCAACUCAAUAUUGUCACCCAGCGACACGGCCGUGGCAGCCCCGAGGACGACGAUUAUCCUGACAUCGAGCAGGACGAUGUGGUGUAUCGUAAGGAAAAAACCCAGCAGACUCAGCAACAACGGCCACUCUCGGGAGCCCCUGAUAACUAUGCCCCCAUGCCCAUCCCAGAGCCAUGGGCUCUGCCUCCUGAUCUGAAAGCCAGACUCCUCUGCCCCCCAUGUCCUCUGACCCGGGAAGCAGCGGCAAAUAAAGAGAAUGAGGUUGAGAAGGAGAUGCGUCCUAAGACAGAUGACAUGCUGGUGCGGAAGAUCGGAGUUUGUUCCAAUCAGAGCCAGAGCUCACUUAGAGGCCCAUCGGCCAAUGGGAUGACUCCCUCUGUGCCUUCUUCCUGUAGCGAAGGUGACCUGCAGAGGUGGCAGGCCAUCAGGGAAGCCAGUCAGCUAAGAUAUAAGAAGAAGCUUUUGGUGGAGAGGUUAGCUGCUCUGAAGUUGUAGAAAUGGAUUGAUGUAACAAUGCCUGUUAGUUUCUCUUUACUUUGUAGAUUUAUUCUUCCAUUUUCCAUUUCAGUCUUGAAAUAUUUUCUGUCUGAUGCUGAAUUGGUCUUGACAGCAUGUUAAACCGACUUUUUAAGGAUCGGUUUUAAAGGCCUUCAGAGUUAGAGAUGGGGGUUUUACACAGUUAAGCUCGUUUCUGAAAACUAAUUUGUGACUUUUUGCGUUCACUGGAUCGGUCGUGGGUUUAUUUUAACAGAAACCACAGUGAAGCAAAUGCAGAGACAUUCACAACAAAGUUGAACUUUUUCUUGUUUUGAAUGUUUGUUGUUACCUCAGACUUGAAGUGUUCAUCAAUCAAUAAAACUGUAAUGAAAGGAAGUUCAUUAUGGUUUUCUGUAUAAUGGGUAUUUGGUAUAUUUUACCUGACAAACACACGGAAUGUAAAUGCAGAGUGGAUGUCCGGACUGCACAUUAAAACUGCGGCUGCUGUGUAUUUUGAAGUGUGAUUGAUGAGCAAAACAUAAAUUCUCUCUCACGUUGUUUGGUUCAUGAUGACUAUUGUUAAACAGACCCAAACUCUGCAUUUUAUUUUUGGUUUUCUUCCCCUAUCAGACCGAGUUUGCCUGUGAAAUAUUCAUGCUUAAUAAAGAAAAGAAGACACUG